UGUGUCUUCCAAAUAGGCUCUGAUCAUCAGACAGAUGCCUGACUCCAAGUCUCUGAAUAACAUUGCUCAUAUUUGUAAUAAAGCUAGGACUUGCUACUAUUUCCAAAAGGGACAGCCUCUUUCUAGUCUAAAACACAAUAGGCUACAUAUACUCCCAAUGAAGUUUCUAAUUCAAUCUAAAAUAUUUACAACAGUAAAUAAAUCCAAGAUAUUGAUUUCAGCCUCAUCCAGGUCAUUACUCCAAGUUUAAGAAGAAUUGACCAUCUUAAUGCUCACUCGAUUCCUCAGAUAAAUAUGACCGACAUGAAGAGAGUCCAUAUUCAGACGGAAUUAUCUUUACGAAUUGAUCAUCAAAAAACCCAAAAGUAGAAUUCUUGAAAGAAGAGAAUAAAACUAUGAGACUUGAUUUCGAGGUAUAUUAAGAAAAUUAUGACCAAAAGAAAUAUUAAAGCGAGAUCUUGAGAGAAGAUACAGCUCUUAUGGUAAAGAGUUUCAACAAAGGUGCCUCUAAAACUCACACAAAUAAUUAGUAAGCUAGAGGUAUGCUCAAAGUAUUCAGUCUAUUGUAUAUGUGCUAUAUUUCUGAUUCUUCUAUAGGCUGUUUUAUUUUACUAUCAAGAAUUCCAUUGUUAAAAAUGAGAAUUUCUCCUUAUUUAAACUCCAGAAUAGUUUAAACUAAGAUAUUCGAGGACUCAAUUU